AUGCACCGCCGAGUAGUCUGGAGGCUCUCGCGCCGCGUUGAUUUAUCCUCAUCCACCUCCCCAUCCUCGUUACGGACAUUUCAAUCAUCCGCAGUCCGAUCAAAUACUGAGAAUGGCGCCGGCGAUGGGAAUGGUGAUGGUGCAGUGUCAAGCUCACCAGCACCAGCGCCCAAGUUUGGAAACCGAUGGGGCGCCAGGCAGGCCUCCAAGCCAACAGGCCUAAGCCCAGCAGAGCAGGCCUUGCGCGACGCCAUCAUGGCCAAAAGCAAGCCGCCGCCCCCUCCAGAAGCCCCGAAAGGACCAACUCCUGAAAAGAGGAUACCCGGAACACAGUUCUACGUCAACAGUCAGGGCAAACAAGCCUUUUCCCGCUCCUCGAAUCAUCCCAUUGACCACCAGCAUAUGCACAACAGAGUCGCUCGGCACCUGAAGAACUCGGUCCGGCAAGGAACUGGACAACCUCGAACCAACCGUGAAUGGACUUGUCAUAGCUGCAACAAUCUUGUCUUUGCGCGGCACAAAACCUGCCCGUUCUGUCAGACACCGCGACAGGAUCCUCCUCGGCCUCCCAGGCAGGAACAGCCACGAAUGAAACGGGACUGGGACUGCCCCGGCUGCGGACAUCAUGUAUUUGGAAGACGUGACGCAUGUACCUCGUGUGGUACCCCGAGGCCUGACCCGCAGCCUUCGGAGACACGUACGCCGAGAGGGGAUUCUCAACGUAACGACAAGCUGCGCAGUCUUGGCCAGUCAAUUCUUGCCGACGCCCGCGAGGAGGAUCCAACUCGAGCUAGGGGGUCACGAAAGACACCAUUUGGUCAGACGAGUCAACAAGAGACACCAACCCGGGUAUCGCAGCGUGAAAACCGUGAGGCUCGUGGGCGAGACGAGACGAAAAAGGACCGAAAGGACGAAGAUACAAAAGAGAAAGAGAAAGAACUCGACAAGAAGGAUCAAUGGUCUUGGGAUAUGUCUGCGUUGGAUCAGCUGGAAGCUAUUGAAGCGCAACAAGCACCCGUUGACGUGCAGAAGAAGCCCAAAAAACGCGACGGACGGAAAGACCGUGGGACAUCGGAUGAGGGUGAUUUCGAUCCCGAGGACCGUAAACGUCGUCGCGAAGAUCGCAAGCGCCAGAAGAAAGCAAAGGAGGAGGUUACGGCUAUCCCCCUCCACCUUCCAGAGUUCAUCAGUGUCAGUAACUUGGCCGAUGUCAUCGGCGUACGACAGGCCGAGUUCGUGGCCCGCAUGGAAGACAUGGGCUUCGAGGACGUGACCUAUAACCACGUCUUGGAUGCGGAGACCGCUGGUUUGGUGGCCGCCGAGUUCAACUACGAAGCCAUCUUCGAUACUGGUGCUGAAGAUCUCGAGGCCGCGCCGGUGCCAGAAGACACAUCUGACCUGCCUCCUCGCCCACCGGUUGUAACGAUCAUGGGACACGUUGAUCACGGUAAAACUACUAUUUUGGACUGGCUGCGAAAGUCGUCUGUGGCAGCCACCGAGCAUGGUGGUAUCACCCAGCACAUUGGUGCCUUCUCAGUCGCCAUGCCCUCUGGCAAGACGAUUACUUUCUUGGACACCCCCGGUCAUUCUGCCUUCUUGGAAAUGCGCAAACGUGGUGCCGAUGUGACUGAUAUUGUCGUUCUCGUUGUGGCUGCGGAUGACAGUGUUAAGCCGCAGACCAUCGAGGCUAUCAAGCACGCCACGCAAGCCAACGUCCCUAUCAUCGUCGCGAUCAGCAAGAUCGACAAGGAAGGACGUAACCCUGAACGAGUGAAGCAAGAUCUGUCGGUUCAUGGCGUUCACGUUGAAGACUACGGUGGUGAUGUCCAGGCCAUUGGCGUCAGUGGUAAGACUGGCGAGGGCAUGAUCGAGCUUGAGGAAGCCAUCGGUGUCCUCUCGGAGAUGCAGGAUCACCGUGCUGACACGACCUGCAAUGCCGAGGGCUGGGUCAUCGAGGCGACCACCAAGAGCUACGGUCGUGUGGCAUCUGCUCUCAUCCGCCGGGGUACCCUCCGCCCUGGCGAUGUCAUUGUUGCUGGUCAGACUUGGGCUCGCGUGCGAACACUGCGUAACGAAGCUGGUCUGUCUAUCGAUGAAGCCACCCCCGGUAUGCCAGUCGAAAUUGACGGUUGGAGAGAUCAGCCGGUUGCUGGGACGGAGAUUCUGCAGGCUGCAACUGAGCAGAAGGCCAAGGACGUUGUGGCAUAUCGCCAGGAUCGGGCAGACACCCAGAAGCUGGGUGAAGAUAUGGUUGCCAUCAACGAGGCUCGACGAGAGCUUCUUGAGAAACGCAGACAGGAAGAUCAAGAUUCGGAGGAGGCUACCCCUGUCGUGACCUCCGGUCCGAAGGCCAUCAACUUCAUUAUCAAGGCCGAUGUGGACGGCUCCGCUGAAGCCGUCCUCAACUCAAUCGCCGCCGUUGGUAACAACGAAGUGUACGCGAACAUAUUGCGCUCCGGUGUUGGCCCCGUGACCGAGUUUGAUAUCGAACACGCCGCUAGUGCCAAGGGUAAAAUUAUCUCGUUCAACAUGCCUAUUGAGCCCAACAUGGCUCGACUAGCUGAACAGGAGUCCGUGAACAUUAUGGAUCACAACAUCAUCUACAAGCUCAUCGACGAUGUGAAGGACGUUUUAAGUGAGCAUCUCGCACCCACCGUUACUCAGCGUGUGACUGGUGAAGCCGAAGUUGGUCAGGUGUUUGAAAUCACCGUCAAGGGUCGCGACAAGACAUCUAUCGCUGGAUGUCGUGUGCGUAACGGUUUGAUCAACAAGACCAAGAAGGUCCGAGUCAUCCGUGGCAAUGAGACCGUCUACGAUGGAACCAUGACCUCGCUGAAGAACGUCAAAAAGGACGUCACUGAGAUGCGCAAGGACACCGAGUGCGGUAUCGCCUUCGAGGGCUGGACCGAAUUCGCAGUCGGCGAUCAUAUCCAGUGUUACGAAGAGAUCUUCGAAAAGCGUCAUCUGUGA